GGAGGAGGAAGGGGCUGCCAACACACAGAAGCAGGAGGCGUCCCCAGAGCAGGGGUCGGGGCCCAAGCAGAAGGCAUCCAACGGCAAUACGCCCACGGCUGAGGAGCAGAGCCGGAAGGAGCGCCGCGCCUCUGAGGGCCGGGGCCUCUCCCGCCUCUUCUCCUCCUUUCUCAGGAGGCCCAAAUCCCAGGUGUCUGAGGAGGACAAAGACACCGAUGUGCCCAAGGAGGGCGGAGGGGAGCAGAAGGACUCGGGGGUAGGAGCCAACCCUGAUGAGGAGGAGAUCCUGGUGAAGGCCCCGAUUGCAGCUCCUGAGCCGGAGCUGAAGACUGAUCCAUCUCUUGAUCUCCACUCCUUAAGCAGUGCGGAGACGCAGCCUGCGCAGGAGGAGAGGAGGGAAGAGCAGGAGCCGGACAGCAAAGACCUCGAGGGCAAGGAAGGAGGUGAAGGGAAGGAGGAGAGCGCCGAGGCAGAGCUGAAGCCAGAGGCUGCAGAGCCCAAAGCAGACAAAGAUCCGAAAGCUGCCCAGAGAUCCAUAAGAAGACACAGAAACAUGUACUGCAAAGUUGUCCUGCUGGAUGACACCAUCUUUGAGUGUUCCAUGGAUAAACAUGCCAAGGGGCAGGAGCUACUUAAGAAGGUCUGUGACCACCUUAAUCUCCUGGAAGAAGACUACUUUGGUUUGGCCAUAUGGGACAUGCCAACCUCCAGGACGUGGCUGGAUCCUACCAAAGAAAUAAAAAAACAAGUCCAUGGAGGCCCCUGGGAUUUUACUUUCAAUGUCAAGUUUUAUCCUCCGGAUCCCGCUCAGCUGACAGAGGAUAUAACGAGGUAUUACUUGUGUCUUCAGCUUCGACAAGACAUCAUCUCGGGGCGGCUGCCUUGUUCCUUUGCAACGUUGGCUCUGCUGGGUUCCUACACAGUGCAGUCUGAGCUGGGGGACUACGAUCCUGACCUCCACAGCACAGAUUACAUCAAUGAAUUCAAACUGGCUCCAAACCAGACCAAAGAGCUUGAAGAGAAAGUUGUGGAACUUCAUAAAACGUACAGAUCCAUGACUCCAGCCCAAGCAGACCUGGAGUUCCUCGAGAAUGCAAAGAAACUGUCUAUGUAUGGAGUUGACCUUCACCACGCCAAGGACUUGGAAGGAGUGGAUAUCACUCUGGGAGUCUGUUCCAGUGGCCUUCUUGUUUACAAAGAUAAGCUGAGAAUCAACCGCUUCCCUUGGCCCAAAGUCCUGAAGAUUUCCUACAAACGCAGCAGCUUCUUUAUUAAGAUUCGCCCAGGGGAGCAAGAGCAGUACGAAAGUACAAUUGGAUUCAAGCUACCAAGUUACCGGGCAGCAAAGAAGCUGUGGAAAGUAUGUGUUGAACAUCACACGUUUUUCAGGCUGACUUCGACUGAGGCCAUCCCCAAGAGCAGGUUCCUGGCUCUGGGCUCCAAGUUCCGUUACAGUGGGAGGACCCAGGCACAGACCAGGCAGGCGAGUGCCAUGAUUGACCGACCUGCACCCCAGUUUGAGCGCACAGCGAGCAAGAGGGCCUCCAGGAGCCUCGAUGGAGCUAAACGUGCGACUCAAAAAGUUGAGUUCAGAGCCGUAGAGGAAGAGAAGCAGGAGGAGGUGGUGGUGGUUGAGGUUCCCGAACCAAAACCUGUGGAUCAGUUCCGAGAGAAGCCAGCCAAGCACGCGCUUGAAAGUUUUGAAAUGAAACCCAUUGCAGAGGAGGAAGAGGAGGAGGAGGAGAAGGUAGAGGUGGCUCAGCUUCCCGUUGCUGAGCCAAAGCUGCCGGACCUGGUGCAGCAGCAGUCAGCCACACAUGCCCCUGGCACUGUUGAGAUAAGCCCAGUAGAAGAAGAGGAGGAGGAGGAAGAAAAAUUGGUGGUGAUGGGAGAGCUAAAACCAGCCCUGAAGGAGCCAGCUGUGGCAGUGAUAACACCUGAGAGGAGCCCCCGGCCCACCUCUGCCCCUGCCAUCGCCCAGAGCCACGUGCCUGAGGCAGCCCCAGCUAAGCCUGAUGCCAAGGAAGCCCUCGCUGCAUCAAAAGUAGAAAAGGAAGCACGGAAAGCUGAGGCGAAGCGUGAGGAGGUCCUUCUAGAGAGAGCCAAACCAGAGCCAGCUGAGGCAUCCAAGGUGAGGAAAACGCACAUUGAGGUCACAGUACCCACCACGGCUGGUGACCGACCCCAGAAGCAGCCUGCAGAAAAAGAGGAAGAGCUGAUAAGAAUGAGGAAGAAGAGAUCAAAGAGACUAGAUGGUGAAAACAUUUAUAUCAGGCAUAGCAAUUUAAUGUUGGAGGAUCUAGAUAAGACCCAAGAAGAAAUAAAGAAGCAUCACGCCAACAUCAGCGAGCUGAAGAAGAACUUCAUGGAGUCUGUCCCCGAGCCUCGCCCGAGUGAAUGGGACAAACGUUUGUCCACUCACUCCCCAUUCCGAACGCUCAGUGUCAACGGGCAGAUUCCAUCAGGAGCGGAUGGAGUAAAGAAAGUCACUGUCCUAUCUUCUGAGAGACAGUCUCCCAGCUACUUUCUCCCUGACACUCAUCACUUAGGGGUGUGCAAAGAGCCGGUCCCCAAAUACCACACUGAUCAGAGGAGGCUGGCACAGCUGAGGGAGCUCAGAGCCAAGUUCUUCCUUUCAUAGCCUCACCAUGGCUGAGCAGAAGGGAUGGAGAGCUGCCCGGAUGGGUCACAGCAGCAUUCCCACAGUCCUCUUUACUUCAAUGAACACACCAGAGCCCUUGCAUGAUCCUGUGUGGCGAUUGACUCCUUCUGUUUGACAUUCUUGAGAAUCCAGGAGCAAAAGUACUGAAAUGCAGAGCAAAGUUGAAGGGGUUUGGAACCGUUCCACGCUCAGCAUUUCUAAGAUGUAAAGAUUUUUUUUUCACUUCUUCCAGCAGAAUUUUCAAAGCAGUGGAAAUUUUGAUACCGUUGUCUGAAUUUUAAAAAAACAAAAAAGUUUUCUAUCUGCACUGAAGCAUAAAUGUUCACCGUUAUUUAACAGAUGCUAUUUUUAAGGGCACUGUAGAAUAGGGAAUUGUACAAAGCGUGGUCUUUGUCUGCACCAUUUCUAUUUGUAAUGCCACAAAUGCAGACCCUCAUCCUGGACCGUUCCAAUUGCAGACACAUAACAGGCUUUGGCUAUGCACUUUUCCUGGAGGGCAGGCACAGAACACACGUGGAUCAUGACUCAGAGACCCACAAGCUCUGUCAGAUAGAGCUGUGCUUUGUAGCUGAGCUGGGGGUGUGAGCUGAGCUCCCUGUGGCGCUGCUUUCAUAGCAGUGCGUUUCCACGCUGACAUUUGGACUGGCCAAACACUUUGCACACCUCCAAGUAUCGUUUUGGGCACUUUCCCAUCUGUCAUUUUUGUUCAUCUCUCUCUGUCUUUCUUGAUCUUCUACCACGAAAGCAGACACAAGAACGUCCUCUGUUAGUGCAGGAUGAAGACAAACUAAAAAAGCAGCACAUCCCUACCGAGACAACAUUUCCCCGGCAAGCAAGCGAAGAAACUCUUCCAAAGGUUUCUAUUCCGAUUCCUGAAGAGCAUAAAUCACUCAAAAAGUGCCAGCUGUACUCUAGCUUUUUUCCAUCUCCACGCAUCCCCUUUAUGAUGUCUUUUCUUGUGGUGGUAGCACUGACUGUUUGGUGGCUGCUCUUUCUCUGAGUGGGAACAGGGUCACGUGGAAACCUCAAGACCAAAGCUCCUGAAUCUCUUGGCCGUAGCAUCAGCUGCAUCCUCCUUGUCCGGGGCUCUGAUCUGCGCAGCUCGUUGCCCCUGGGGGGGACACCCUGUGACAUUUGCUUUAAUCCUGCUGUUCUCUGUGUGGCUGUGAGCUGGGGCCUGGCAGGAGUGGUGAUGGAUUGCUGCGGAUGCUGGGACGGCUCCCAUCUCAGAAGUGUGUGUUCCCAAUUGCAGAUGCUUUGGCUGUAAGAGGGCAGGCUGACAGCCCUAACGUGUGGCAGGAGGUCUCCCUCUAUGCAGCCACUGCUGAAGAUGUGCUGUUAGGCUUUUUUCGAACGUAAGGUGUUCUCAAGCAGGACGUCUGAUGGUGAUCCAGAAACCCAAAGAGGCUUUUCAGCAACCCACCGAAUCUAAUCCAUAACCACUCCUUGUCCAGGAAACCAAGACUGGCAUUGAAAUAAGUAGCACUGAUCAUCAGUGCUGCUAUUAGUGUUAACUUAGAGAUAGGGACAGGCAGCUUCUCAUUCUCCCAGUGGGAAGCCCAUGGCAAAGCAUCACAGCUCCAUCUUGCGCCCGUAUUCUCAUUUCAAAGCAAACGCAUCGUGUUGCAGGAGAAAAUGCAUUAGAAGGAGAUAUUUAUUGUAAGCAUAGAUCAGUCUUUUUUCUCUCUCUGGGUGGUCUUGGUACCCCUCAGCUGUGUUCUGUUUAAUUUGUGUUGAACUAACUGUAGCAUGUUUGCUUAGGUCACAGGAAUGGGAUAACCCACUGUUACACUCGUCGCCUUUGGUAGCAUGUUGAUGUUCCAACUCUUCCAUUUACCCGAACUGUAAUAAGACCACUGUGCUCAGGCCAUAGCUCCAAUGUUAAAGCCAUCUGUUGUUUUGACUUCUCUAACAACAACAACAACAAAAACCCGUUGCAUGCUGCUUGUUGUUUAUUGCCUACCCAUGUAAUUGUCUGGAUGAUGCUCUUAUUUAUCCAAGUUAACUCAAUAACGAGCGUGGUCGAGUUGUGUAGGAUGGGCAGAACCAGGUCUGCAAGCUGGAGGGAGGAUGGGGCAUUGUGUCCAUGGGGUUUCUUUGUGUAUAUAGCAAUUCUGUGAGUGAGCUGAGCCACCUGCUUCUCCUUCAGCAGCAACGUGCUUUCUGUUGCUUUCUGUAUAGUGUUGGUGUAGGAAGAGUUACUUCUGAACAGCCUCCGGUGCCAUCAGUGUUGGCAGCUGCUCCAACAGCGUAGAAGAGAAGGGAGUGCAACUCUAUCACAGGGGCCAAAAUAUGUGAAUAUAUAUAUAUAAAUACCUGUAUUUAUAACCCUUUGUAGAUCUGUAUCUGUGCGAACAGUGUUAUUUAAGAAGCUAGCAGAUAUGCUUACAGGAAAAAGGCGCAAGGCAAACUAGUUAUGUGCACAACUUGGCAUGUGCUGGCUCACCUUAAGGAUCCCUGUCUGUGUAGAGACUGAGGCUCUUAAAUGCUGCCUCAGAAAUGUAGGUUAUGAGUGAAACCCUCCGUCUGAUCUCCAGGAAUCCUUCUGAUCUGUCUGCUCUCCCCAGUUCUUGUAACAUGUUCCUAUUAGUUCACCAGUUUGUGCCUUUAGGACUUAAGUUUUCUGCUGAAUUCCUUGGAAAGUAUUCUUCCCGUUACAAUACACUGCCUUUAAUACACAGUCUUCCUCUUUCAGCAGUAGGAGUGGCAGAAGGAAAUGUGUUCAGGUGUACCACAGCCCGAAGGAGAGCUGUCAGCAGCCCCAGGGAGGACAGCUCGGGGUACACGUGGCUGAAAUACAGGAGCUCUGUGUUGAGAUAAGUGGGCCUUGGAGAGGAGAGGUGGGAGAGCCGGGACGUGGAGUGCUCCUGCAGUGCAGAAGAUGAUGGAGGGAAGAAGCUUUCCAAAAAGCUCUCUGAAAUUGGAGCACGCAUGGCGAGAUGUGGGAACCAUUCACCCUCCACAGCACCAAGGGACAGGGAAUGUUCUCUUCUUCCUCUCUGUGUUCUGUCCGUUUUUCAUGGAGAAGAAUUAGCCACACAUCUCCUGCUUCCUUCCAAAAGCCAUUGCUUGGAUGGUGGUCACUGAGUGCUGGUUGGGCUAUUGCCCGCUGUCUGUCUGAGCUGAUGAUAAAUACUCUGAAGCCAUAGCAGUGGCUUUUGGUUGCUGUCUGUCUGCCAUUUCCAAAGGACCUGAAGUCUGAAAGCUUUGUUGGGUGCAGUGUGUGAACACAGUGCUCAGGGUGAUCUUCCAGAGUGCUGAGAGGUGCACUCUGUUGGCCACUGCAACUCAGUUCUUUAAUUGAGAUGCUCUCUCUCUCACUUUUUGUUACUGAACCUUGAGAUAUGGCUGGAUACCAUCAGCACAAAAAAAAACCCUUAAACUGUACAUUCAGAAAAUGCUCAGGUACGUUUUUGGAGUUUAUAGAGCAGUUAUUGAAGAACUUAAAGAGACUGAACCAGUGCUUUGUCUUUGUAGGGCAGCAUAGGGGCCAGUUGUCUGUAUUCAUUCAGGUGGAUAUGAUCUUUCAUGGCAGGGAAGGAUGGGAGCUUAUCAAGAGCAGACACAUCCCCUGGCUGAUGUUGAGGUGUGUUUUGGGAAUACCUGCAGUCCGUUGUGCUCCAUCCUGCCCUGCCAGCCACCUCUUCCUCUUCUCUGCUUGCUUGUAUGGCAGAUGGAGCUACAGCAGUGCCCUGAGGCAACCUGCUGGGGUCUUGUUUUCGUGUGCUGUGUGUAUGGUGUGCAUUGUGCUGUGCUGGGUGAUUCCUGCUCUCACUGCAUUUGCUGGAUGUCCAUUUGAGGCAUGGCACUGCAGGAGGACUGCAGGGCUCUGGCACCAUCCAGCUUAGUGCAAGGGUGGAGGUCUCAGGUUUUCAUUAAGGAAUGCAGGUGUACUGAGCUCACGUCUUCCUCAGGAACAAACAUGCUGCAAAGUACUGACAGCCCGUGUGAUUCUUACUUCCAAAAGGAAGCUGAAAAUAUCUGCAGGUAACCUCAUCCCUGUUUGCAUGGGAGAUCCUGAUUCUUAAACGUGAGGUGCUGCAGAAGGUGACAUCUCAGUGACUCUGACUCCAGAAACGUGGCUGCUAUGGGACUGCCAGCAGCGUUGCUGUUCAGUAGACUUUCCCAGUGCUUUGCAGCCUGCCUUGCUGCAGUGGGACUCAUUGGUGCUCACAUGUGGGUCCCAACGGCUGCACUAAGGGACCAGCUGAGGUUCAGCCCCCUUGUCCUGUUCCAUCCUGGAGCUGGUGGUCGGCUCUGUGCUGACUUUCUAUUCUGAGUCUUCUUACCCUGAUAUCAGCUCUUCUGAUCUCCAGAUCAAAGGCAGAAUAGUUUCUUGGGCUUUCAUGCUUUAACAUAGAGUGGCCAUGUUUUCUUUUCCAUUACUAAAAGGGACAGCUGGUAUUGUCUGCACCUCCUGCUGUGUGCUGCUUUGCCCAGUGGGAUAAUGGACAACGAACUGAGGAUUCUCCAUAGGCAGAUUGUGUUGGGACUUGGAAUUAAGAAUAGCAGCAGUUUCCCUUCCAUGCAGUUUGUACAGCAACUGGCAAGGACCCUGCAGUGCUCAGUAUUUGCAGUGCUCAGUAGUUGCCUCCAGUCCUGGAAUAAAGGGGAGAGGUGGGUUUCCUUGGCAUUCCUCCUUUGCCAUAUCUGUACCUCGGGGUUCCUCAGGAAGUUUACAGAUGAAGCAUCUUUCAGUUUGCUUAAGCGUUGGUGUUUCGUCACUCUGGGAUGAUCCCACUGUUUCAUUGGGUUUUAUUUUUCACUGGCCUUGAGCUGAUGGCGCCUGUUGUGCUCUGCAGGCUGAGGUAGGAUGCUUUCCUAUGAACAGUGUAUCCCAGAGCAGGGGGUUACUGAUUCGUUUGGAAAUGUUAGGUCUCUGCUUACUUGUGCUGGUGACAUGGGAGACCCUGAUGUGGUGCUUUCUCCCGUGUCCCUGCUGGCAUCUCUGGGUUUAUAACACCGGAGGGAAGGGCUGCAGGCUGUCUGUCCUUGGGGCAGUGAUUUGUGCCCCUCUGUGACCUUCUAGCAGUGGUACAUUGGUAGUGUUGGAUCCGUUUGUGGGGACUGAGAUUUUCUUUUUAACUACAAUGCUCUCUUUUGGAACACUUUUUUGGCUUUGUAUUUUUUCUCAGAUUUUUCUUUGUAAAUAUGUACAUUUAUCAUUAAUAAAUGUUACUGCAAAUCA